GGCGGGGCCUGGAGUCCUGUGUCUAGGGUUGGGCGUGCAAGCCUCUCCAUCACUUGUCCUCGACGCUCGCCUCCGCUCACAGCCUCAGCAUCCCAGGCUGCGAGGCAUGCGCAGUGGGUGCUUCCUUCCCCAUUCCCUCCAGCACCGGCGGGGGGAGGGGACGCUGAGCGGAUGAAUUUAUAGACACCAUCCCCCACGCCUUGACAUGAGAAGCGGAAAUGGGGUGGACAGCGUCAAUGUCUAACAGGGCUCCAGCGUGACAUGGCUGAAGCGCACCAGGCCGUGGGCUUCCGACCCUCGCUGACCUCGGACGGGGCUGAAGUGGAACUCAGUGCCCCUGUGCUGCAGGAGAUCUACCUCUCUGGCCUGCGCUCCUGGAAAAGGCAUCUCUCACGUUUCUGGAAUGACUUUCUCACCGGUGUGUUUCCUGCCAGCCCCCUCAGUUGGCUUUUCCUCUUCAGUGCCAUCCAGCUUGCCUGGUUCCUCCAGCUGGAUCCUUCCUUAGGACUGAUGGAGAAGAUCAAAGAGUUGCUGCCUGACUGGGGUGGACAACACCACGGGCUCCGGGGGGUCCUGGCAGCCGCGCUGUUUGCCUCGUGUUUGUGGGGAGCCCUGAUCUUCACACUGCACGUGGCCCUGAGGCUGCUUCUGUCCUACCACGGCUGGCUUCUUGAGCCCCACGGAGCCAUGUCCUCCCCCACCAAGACCUGGCUGGCCCUGGUCCGCAUCUUCUCUGGCCGCCACCCGAUGCUGUUCAGUUACCAGCGCUCCCUGCCACGCCAGCCCGUGCCCUCUGUGCAGGACACCGUGCGCAAGUACCUGGAGUCGGUCCGGCCCGUCCUCUCCGACGAGGACUUCGACUGGACCGCGGUCCUGGCGCAGGAAUUCCUGAGGCUGCAGGCGUCGCUGCUGCAGUGGUACCUGCGGCUCAAGUCCUGGUGGGCGUCCAAUUAUGUCAGUGACUGGUGGGAGGAAUUUGUGUACCUGCGCUCCCGAAAUCCGCUGAUGGUGAACAGCAAUUAUUACAUGAUGGCAGCUCGCGCUGGGAAUGCCGUCCAUGCCCUCCUCCUGUACCGCCACCGCCUGAACCGCCAGGAGAUACCCCCCGUAAGAGGGCCCCAGUGGGUUAGGGAUGGAGGUGUGGUCCUGUGGCCUUUGGGCCACGUGGGUCCUGGAAGGCAGCUCACAGCCCACGGUUUCCUGCAGACUUUGCUGAUGGGAAUGCGCCCCUUAUGCUCUGCCCAGUACGAGAAGAUCUUCAACACCACGCGGAUUCCAGGGGUCCAAAAAGACUACAUCCGCCACCUCCAUGACAGCCAACACGUGGCUGUCUUCCACCGGGGCCGAUUCUUCCGCAUGGGGACCCACUCCCGAAACAGCCUGCUUUCCCCGAGGGCCCUGGAGCAGCAGUUUCAGAGAAUCCUGGAUGAUCCCUCACCGGCCUGCCCCCACGAGGAACAUCUGGCAGCUCUGACAGCUGCUCCCAGGGGCACGUGGGCCCAGGUGCGGACAUCCCUGAAGACCCAGGCAGCGGAGGCCCUGGAGGCGGUGGAAGGGGCCGCUUUCUUUGUGUCACUGGAUGCUGAGCCCGCGGGGCUCACCAGGGAGGACCCGGCAGCAUCGUUGGAUGCCUACGCCCAUGCUCUGCUGGCCGGCCGGGGCCAUGACCGCUGGUUUGACAAAUCCUUCACCCUAAUCGUCUUCUCUAACGGGAAGCUGGGCCUCAGCGUGGAGCACUCCUGGGCCGACUGCCCCAUCUCAGGACACAUGUGGGAGUUCACUCUGGCUACAGAAUGCUUUCAGCUGGGCUACUCAACAGACGGCCACUGCAAGGGGCACCCGGACCCCACACUACCCCAGCCCCAGCGGCUGCAAUGGGACCUUCCAGACCAGAUCCACUCCUCCAUCUCUCUAGCCCUGAGGGGAGCCAAGAUCUUGUCUGAAAAUGUCGACUGCCAUGUCGUUCCAUUCUCCCUAUUUGGCAAGAGCUUCAUCCGACGCUGCCACCUCUCUUCAGACAGCUUCAUCCAGAUCGCCUUGCAACUGGCCCACUUCCGGGACAGGGGUCAAUUCUGCCUGACUUAUGAGUCGGCCAUGACUCGCUUAUUCCUGGAAGGCCGGACAGAGACGGUGCGGUCUUGCACGAGGGAGGCCUGCAACUUUGUGAGGGCCAUGGAGGACAAAGAGAAGACGGACCCACAGUGCCUCGCCCUGUUCCGCGUGGCAGUGGACAAGCACCAGGCUCUGCUGAAGGCAGCCAUGAGCGGGCAGGGAGUCGACCGCCACCUCUUUGCGCUGUACAUCGUGUCCCAAUUCCUCCACCUGCAGUCGCCCUUCCUGACCCAGGUCCAUUCGGAGCAGUGGCAGCUGUCCACCAGCCAGAUCCCUGUUCAGCAAAUGCAUCUGUUUGACGUCCACAAUUACCCGGACUAUGUUUCCUCAGGCGGUGGAUUCGGGCCUGCUGAUGACCAUGGUUAUGGUGUUUCUUAUAUCUUCAUGGGGGAUGGCAUGAUCACCUUCCACAUCUCCAGCAAAAAAUCAAGCACAAAAACGGAUUCCCACAGGCUGGGGCAGCACAUUGAGGACGCACUGCUGGAUGUGGCCUCCCUGUUCCAGGCGGGACAGCAUUUUAAGCGCCGGUUCAGAGGGUCAGGGAAGGAGAACUCCAGGCACAGGUGUGGAUUUCUCUCCCGCCAGACUGGGGUCUCCAAGGCAUCAAUGACAUCCACCAACUUCUGACUCCUUCCAGCAGGCAGCUGGCCUCUCCGAGGAAUAAGGGUGAAAUUGCCACAGCUGGCUGACACAGGACAGGGGCAACUGGUUUGGCAACCCCACAUCCAGGCCAAUAAAGAUGUGUGAGCUGGG